AUGCGCUUUACGUCCUACGCUGCUGCGAGCGCCCUGGCUGCUCUGGCCGGCGCUCAGACUUUCACCGACUGCAACCCCACGGAGAAGGAGUGCCCGAACGAUCCGGCCAUGCCCCAGAAUUUCGAGACUGAUUUCACAGCGGGCAAGGAUGCCAUCAAGGGCUGGAAACAGACCGCUGGUAGCCUCACAUACAACAGCGAGGGUGCCGUGUUCAGUGUCGCAAAGAAGGGCGACGCCCCUACCAUCGGCUCCGAAGCCUACCUGCACUUUGGCUACGUUGAGGUCAAGAUGAAGGCCGCUCCUGGUCAGGGUAUCAUCUCCUCGAUUGUUCUUCAAUCAGACAACCUCGAUGAGGUUGACUGGGAGUGGAUUGGCGGCGUCGAUGCUAGGGUCCAGAUGAACUACUUUGGCAAGGGAAACACCACAACCUACGACCGCAUGAUCGAGGCCGAUGUCUCCAGCACUCAGAAUGAAUUCCACACCUACGCCCUAAACUGGACUGCAGAGUCGCUUACAUGGCUCAUUGACAACAAGCCUAUGCGCACCUUGAACUACGCCGACGCCAAUGGCGGCAAGAACUUCCCGCAGACUCCUUGCAACGUUCGUUUGGGCAACUGGCCCGGUGGUGACUCUGGGAACGAGGGUACCGUCCAGUGGGCCGGCGGCAAGGUUGACUACACCAAGGGCCCUUUCAACAUGACCGUUGCCAGCAUCAAGGUCACUAACUACUCGCCAGGCACCGAGUACCACUGGAAGGACAAGACCGGCUCUUUCGAGUCCAUUGAGGUCGUCGGCGCUGGUAACAAGGAUGGCGCUCCUCAGAACACUGCCAUUCUUGAGUCUUCCGCGUCCGGCACGGGCUCUGGCGCACCUCUCGAAUCUGGCUUUGCCGCACCCUCUGCUACCGGCGCUGUCUCUGUUGGCAACUCGGACUUCAACUACCCCGUCCCCACUGGAUCCGUCAGUACUCCCGCUGGUUCCGCCAACACUCCUGUCUCUCCUCCGGCUGGUGGCAGCGGCAACGGCAACGGCACCUCAGAGGAGACUCCCUGCGGUUGCGGCGUCGCCACUGUCACUGUAACUGGCACUCCUCCAUCUGGUGAUGCACCCCCUGCCACUGAGCCUCCUGCAACUCUGACCUCCGUUGUCUCGCCGCCUCCUUACGCUACUACCGGUCUCAUCAUGGAGACACUCCCUGCUCCAUCUGUCCCUGUGCCCUCGGCACCAUCCGGUGUCCUGCCUCCCGCUGGCGGAAACGCUACCGUACCCACAACCUCUGCGCCUGCUGAGUUCACUGGUGCUGCGAUCGCAAACAAGGCUAGUGCUAUGAUGGCUGGCGCUGUUGCUGGUGUCUGGCUGUUUGCUUUCUAA